GUAGCAUCGGUUCUGCAGGCGCGAGGCUGCAAGCCAGAGCUGCAGAAAGGUUGUCUGGCCGUUUUCCAGACAGUCCUGACCGCUGCCGGCCCCGCAGAGAUGACGGUGGAGCUGCUGCCCAACAUGGCCGGAGGAGGCGACACUGCAGAGCCUGCUCCGCAGGCCGCUGGGGCGGCUGGCAGCGACCAGGUCGACGGAGAGCGGCUGCGAGACAGCAGAAGGGCACUGGCCUCUUGCAAUGCUGUUCCUGGAUGGCUCUCCGAGAAGUAUGCGAUGCCGAGCGACUGCACUGUGAUCCACGUCGUGCACACGGGGCGAACUCUGCCACACUUUCAGAUUCGCCUCGGCGGCGGCAGGAU